CAUGACGGAUUUAAACGAUCUCUGAACGGGCACCUGCAUCUUCCGGUUUCGUCCAUAUAUGGAAGUUUCCGGAGUAUCCACGGGUAACACGGUAGUUUACAAUAUGUCGGACGUGUAGAACUUUAAACCUAUAGAUUUUGUGAUAAUCACUCUAAACUUUCAUACUACUGGAUAAUAAAAAGUGAAAAUGGCCACAGCAAUAGUUGAAGGGCCUGUCUUGGCCGACUCAAAUUUUAAAACCCGUCCACCAUUCCAGUCUUAUUUACAAGUAGACUCAAAUGCUGGUGGGAAUACCGUGCAACAGAUAGUAAACCAUAGGCGGAUCCGACAGAUGAAAUUCCCCACCCUGACUGGGAGGGCUGAUGUUGACUCCUUUAAAGAUUUCCCCGCCAAAGAUAUCGGAUUCAAACGCUGGAAUGAUGAGGGCGACUUCCGGUCCAAUGCGCCUUAUAGGGACUAUGAUAAUAUUGUUGACCCCGUGUCUGGUUUUGUAUCGGCGGGAGGGGAUGUCGACAGGGGUACAGGACAUAAGAAAAUCAAACCCCUAGCCCAGCUUAACGAUGUCCCGCAAUGCGCCCCUCCACAAAGUAAGAACUCGGACAGGAAAACUUUUGAGAAAGCCCCUCCGGAGUUACGACGCUCUAAUACGUAUGAACCCGGAGCUCCAUCUUUCUGGAACAGUAGGAAAACCUCCGAUGAAUGGAUAAAAUCUCAACUAGGAGGGUGGACUAGUGAUUAUGACCCCCGUAAGGACCCCCCGGAAACGACAAAAUGGAGGUCAAAGUCAGCGUUUGUCCCUAAGCCCCCGUCAGAACAGAGCAGGGAGGGAAGAGAUCACCUCGCCCUGAAAUUUAUGUACGGCGCCUCCACACAGAAGUCAUACGAGGAGGUACCGUGGGACAAUAUGCUUCCCCCCAAACAAUGGGCACCUGUCAGUACCCUGGAGGAGAGGCCGGACAUGAUAUCACAGACCUACACCCUCAAAAGAUACGACCCCGCGGCUCAGGAAUGGCAGGGAACUGGAAGGUCUUGGGAUUGGUUUCAAAGGAGGCGUGGUUAUUAUAAAGACGGACCAAUCAAUUUCUCUAGCCCUUGUCCUAGAACACAACAUAUACCUAAUUACAGUGGUUGUGUAGGAGCAGAUAACUUAGAUGAGAAAGACAAUGCCAGAGAACCUUUCAAUCCCUAUACCAUCAAGAGAGUGAACAUUCCUAGAUACAGCGAGACAGGGCAUCGGCCAAACAUCCCAGGCUAUCAGGGCUGUACUUUGUGGCAGGGAGUCUAUGCUCCAGCUCAUUCUAUGAAAGUAAUUAAUGCUCAGAGCACCACUUCAACGGUUCAUAAAUCAAUGCCAAUAUCCCCCAAUAACUCAAACCACAAGCGGGAGUCUCAGAUGUCUAAGAUGGUGACCACUGUUCCUCCUUGUAAUCCAUUCAACCAGAUCAACAAACUGGAGGAGGUGCUGGAGAGUAAAGUCCAGUAAACAGUUAAUAAGAAAGACGUCACAUAUCAGACUGUUCAUUCUUUAUUGUUUUUUGGAAGCUCAAUGUUUACCUUAAGUAUUGAAUAAUGCAUAGUAGUUAAGCUACGUUGAUAAGUUGGCCACAUUAAGGAGCUGGCCAUUGUGGAUACAAGAAACUUUUUUUUUAAUUGAAUUUUCCCAGAAAGCUAUUUUUCUUCCUUAUCUAUUAUAUCUGGUGUUAUAUAUGUUAAGUGUAUUGAUUACUGGUUUAGGGUCCUUAAAAUUGGCCCACAUAUGUAUUCUACACAGGCCAUUGUAAAUUUUCAUUGCGUUAAAGGUACUUUUAUUGAAACUGCCUUGUGACUUUCAUGUCGUCUCUCUGGGAAGUGAAAAUGAUUUGAGUGUGCAUAAAAAAGCUCAAAGUCUCAAUGUUCAGGACAAAUCAGUAUUAUUUUUAUAAAUGUAGACGAUAUAUAAAUAAAGGUAGUAUUUUUCGUUUUGUAAAUAAAUAUUCUGUAAUAUUUUUAAGUUGUUAUGUUUCCCUCUAUAUGUUGUAAGAUGAUUGGUUAAUAUCAUCAAAUUCUGCACACUGCAACUAGAUUUCCUAUUCUUAUGGAGUGAUGCACUACUAUAACUAUGUCAGUUUUGUUGUUAGUGGGAGGAGGAAAUUUAAUACAUGUUGUAUCUGUUGUAUGAGAGUUUUCCCUCCUAGCUCCCCUUAUUUCUGCUACUGUUGAAAAGAAGAAUAAAUAUUUGUGCAGCUCAUAAUGGGUGGUAUUAUGGGUGUAUGUGUCAGAUGAUUUUAAUUUUCUUGAGUGAAGUAUUUCAUUUUAUUUUUUUAAAAUCUCUUGGAUACUGUAUAUCUGUUGAAUCCAUUUACUGAACUAUUUUAUGUAUUUUUUUAAGCAAAUAAAAAUGUGAUCUUGUUUGUUUUAA